GUGUGUGUGUGUGUGUGCCGGGCUGAGGGCUGAGGGUGGCCGGUCAGGCGUCAGUAUUGAUCACAGGUACAGCCCCAGACCACACCUUGCCAGCACCGGAUGUGAUUAUCCGCGGGUAAUUAACCGAGACCCACCUGGCGUGACCACCGCCCGAAUUAGUAAUGUUGGUAUUUCCGAUUGAUGACAUCACGGCCCCUUCCAGCGCCCUGAUUGGCUGCUGGAGGCGAUGACGUCACCAAACAUUAUCUUCAGGAGUUCAUGAUUGGGUGGCGCGGCGUCUUGAGUCUCCCUCCCUCGUUCGGUUCCGUCUCGCCGCCGGAGGAAACUUCUGCCGCUCGCCGCGCAUCGCCCAGCCCUCUGCGUGACGGUUCGGCGGCGUGUUGACGGCUGGCGCCCCGCAAAGCCUGCCUGUGACGUAAUGACACGAUUAUUAAUAUAUGAGCGAAGCGAAGCGCAGUCAGUGUACAUCGGUGACGCGUACAGGAGGGACCGUUCACCGCGCGCUCCCUUUCCCCCGACCAGCGCCGCUCCCUCCCGCGCCGCACACCUCCGCACCUCACACAGACAGACAUACGGAAAACUGAAGUGAAGGGAAAAAGCACAGACUAACUUGAUGCUACAGCGAUAGUGAAAAAAGAAGAAAAAGAACACAACCAACAAUGAAAAAUAGUGAAUCGCGGAGAACAGAUCACAUGAACACUGGAAUUAUUUGAACGUUGUGGUCGAGACGAACUGAGAGAGAGAGAGAGAGAGAGAGAGAGAGAGAGAGAGCGGAAAUAACAACGGAAACAUCAACAAGAACAAUUACCACUACUACUACUACUACUACUACUACUACUACUACUACUACUACAAGAUGGCGUUGAUGGAGGCUUUAUGUUUCCAAAUUCGCCAAGCUCUUCUCGGCACCCAGAAGGAGUGCAGCGGCGGCUUCCGUGGCCCCGACGAGACUGUGACGGAGGAACGCAUCCAGCACAUCCUGAGUGAGGCCUCGCGCGCCAUGACCUCAGGCCCGCCCCAGCCCGGCCAGCAGGACCAGGACUCCCGCAGCACCGACUCCAAGUCCCCCGCCAGCUCCACACACUCCCCCAGCAGCCCCCUUACGCGAGACGCCAGACCACGCAUGCGCAAAAUAGGCAACGACGAUAUGCCUGAAGAGAAGGUCGCCAGAAUCUACCAAGACGAACUGAUGAAGCUGAUGUCGCGGCCCCAGGAGCCCCCGCUGCCCCUGCCCCGCGACCCCCAGUACCCCGGCAUCCUGUUCCCCUUCCUAGGCCAGACGCUGCUCUUCAACCGGUCCCACGAGGAGGUCAAGAUGGCCCUGGACGCUUACCACCAGGAACUCGGGAAACUCCAGAGCUCGGCAACGGGUGUGGGACUCGGCGCCGCUGGACUCGCUCUGGGCGGCGCUGGAGGCCUGGGCGUUGGCGUGGGCGGAGCCGUGGGUAUGGGCAUCGGGCUGGGGGCUGGCGGCCUCCACAACGGCGCCCAAGAUCUCUCCCUGCCCAAGCGAGAACAGAGAAGCCUGGACGAUGACGAGGACGGGAGGAACCUCAGUGCUGCCUCGCCUUUCUGUCCCCGAACUAAGGCUGAGACGAGUCUCAAUACGGCAACCUCCCUGAGUAGUCUGAGCACGCCCACACCACUCAGCAACCUUGUAACUCCCAUCACCUCCAUCGCAGUUAGCAGUAGCAGCGGCGGCGAAGACUGUGUGUCCGCCUCGCCCCUCCAACGCAUGGCUUCGAUCACCAACUCGCUCAUGACGGGCCCGACCAUCUCCACGAAUUCCUCGGUGCCCCAGAAGCCCCUGAAGGCGAUCCUGCCCCCCAUCACCCAACAGCAGUUUGACCAGUACAGCAACAUGAACACCGAGGAGAUUGUCAAGAAGGUGAAGGAACAGCUGAGUCAGUACAGCAUUUCUCAGCGGCUUUUCGGCGAGAGCGUCCUCGGGCUGUCUCAGGGCUCCGUGUCUGACCUGCUGGCCCGCCCCAAACCCUGGCACAUGCUGACGCAGAAGGGCCGCGAGCCAUUUAUCCGCAUGAAAAUAUUCCUCGAGGAUGACAACGCGGUGCACAAGCUGGUGGCCUCGCAGUACAAGAUCGCCCCAGAGAAGCUGAUGAGGACAGGAGGAUAUACCGCCCCGCCCCUGUAUUUAGUCGGUGGUUGCCCUCUGCCCGGGGGUUUGGGGGGUGCUGGGGCGCGAUUCCCGGGCCUAUCCACUUCUGGCUCUCCCACCCUUCCGCCAUACACAAGCUCAGGGAAGCCCCCACACCACAUGAAGCUCGCCGCUGACCUCCCAAAGAGCAUUGAAUCCCCCUUGCCGCCUGUCGGGAUCCCCCCCUCCCUCGGCGGCCUGCCUCUCCCCUCACACCCGAUGUCCUUUGACUCCAGAAUGCCCCCGCUCGACCCCCUGCGAAAGAGCGCACUGAGCAACCCGCGCCAUCCCGGCCCCGUGGCGCCCUCCGUGUACGAGAUGGCGGCCCUCACGCAGGACCUCGACACGCAGGUCAUCACCACCAAGAUCAAGGAGGUGCUGCUCGCCAACAACAUCGGCCAGAAGCUGUUCGGCGAGGCGGUGCUGGGGCUGUCGCAGGGCUCCGUGUCUGAGCUGCUCAGCAAGCCCAAGCCGUGGCACAUGCUGAGCAUCAAGGGCCGCGAGCCGUUCAUCCGCAUGCAGCUGUGGCUGAACGAUCCGCGCAACGUGGAGAAGCUGCAGCACAUGAAGAACGAGCGGCGGGAGGCCAACAAGCGGCGGCGCGCCCUGGACCCCACGGCCGAGGUGUCGCAGGACUCGCAGGACGUGUUCCAGGCCCCGUCGCCGGGCGGCACCUCCAAGAAGCAGCGCGUGCUCUUCUCCGAGGAGCAGAAGGAGGCCCUCAAGCUGGCCUUCGCCCUGGACCCCUACCCCAACCUGGCCAACAUCGAGUUCCUGGCCCAGGAGCUGCAGCUGUCCACCCGCACCAUCACCAACUGGUUCCACAACCACCGCAUGCGCCUCAAGCACCCCGGCAGCCCCGGCGGCAGCAGCUCCCCCUCCCGCGAGCCCCCGCAGCCGCCCCCCGGCCAGGCCCAGGGCGCCCCCUUCGACCCCCUCAACUUCCGUAUCCUGCUGUCCCAGCGGAUAAUGGAGGUGAGGAAGGAGAAGGGCCUGCCGCCCACCCUGCCCGGCCUGGGCCACGGCCUGCCGCCCAGCCUGUUCCCGCACUUCCCGCAGCUGGGGCCGCACGGCCUGGCCGGCCACGCCCUCGACCGUGACCUGGGCAGCGGCCUCGACCUGUCCAUGAAGUCCGAGAACGACUACGACGACACAUCCCUCGGCGACGACGACUCCAACAUGUCCGGCGCCAUGAGCCCCGGCGGCGGCCGCUCCGAGGGGGAAGGCGAGGACCGCGAUGGGCGCGGCGCCCCCUCCCCCGUGGCGCGCUCCUCCUCGCGCCGCAAGCCCGCCGCCCCGCAGUGGGUGAACCCCUCGUGGGCGUCGGGCGACGGUAAGGAGCGCGAGGUGAUCAUCAACGGCGUGUGCGUCAUGCAGACGGACGACUACCGCCCGCGCGACCAGCGGGACCAGCAGGAGACGGUGCGCAUCGAACCCACGCCCGUCGAGGAGGCGCGCGCGCGCUCCCUCAAGGAGGAGCAGGAGGAGGAGCCCGAGGAGGAGCCGCAGCAGCCCGCCUCCUCCAUGCCCUCCCCGCCCCCCCGCCCCGACCCCGCCGAGGGGGAGUCCGGCCCCCUGCAGGAGGAGGAGGCCGCGGCCCCCCAGGAGGGAGCCGCGCCGGGGCCCGACGCCCCCCCAGCCGAGGAGGGCGAGGGCGAGGAGGAGGAAGAGGCGUGAUGUUAGUGUCGGCCUAACGGAGACGCUUUGAUGCCGGAGUUUGUGACGCGUCGGUCGUGGCGGCGGCCAGGGGCGGCGGCGGCGGACGCCCUCCCGGAAUCUCUCGUAGGCACGUUGUGGGCCUAUAAAUCACAAUUUAGACUCUCAAGUCAUAAGUCCUGCAGACGUCAACCUCUGUUAUUUUACUAUGAAAUGUUCGUGUAUUUUACUUGUUAACUUGUCGAAAGGUUUGUACAUAACAUUUUCCCUCGUCCCGUUUUCUUUUGUAUGGAGCUCCCGUAGCCUAGUAACGCCAGGUGUUGAGAACGCCAGGCCGCCGCACCGCCCCGGGCCCGGCGCCGCCGCCGCACCGCGAGGCGAAGCCCAACAAACAGACACGAGAGUCGCCGAGCUUUGCCCGUGAACCGCGGCCCAGGUGACCUCCCCGCCAGGUGUAGCAGACGCGGCACCUCGGAGGCACCCCAGUGAACCCAGCACGGGA